UGCGAUCGUCGCAGAAAAAGUGCGCAAAAAAAGUUUUUUCAAACCAUCUGAUUUGAAAAAUUAGUAAGAUUUUACUGUAAGUGUGAGUUAUGGUAGAGGGCCCAGGCUGUAAACUAAAAGGAGAGAAGCUUAGGAGUCGGGUGAGAGGUCAGAAGCUUCAGAAAUCCAGUGGAAAUGCAGUUGAAAAGGGCACAAAGAAAUCAAACAAAGAUGGGCCAGACAGCCAUUCACCUUUUGAUGAUCUUAUAGGAAAGCAUCUAACUGACAUACAGACCUUGGGAAAGGAACUGUUCAUAUAUUUUGAAGAGAAGUGUAUAAGAAUCCAUUUCCUGAUGGCUGGGUACUUCGUGUUGAAUGGACAGAAUAUUGACGAAGAUCACGGGAGGAAGCAACCUCAGACAACAACAUUGAGGCUUGAAUUGUCGCAAGAUGUGGUUGAAUUCUUCAAGACUGGAGUAGAGAUAAGGAAUUCAAUCGACUGUCAAGAAAAGUUUGAGAGGAUGAAACACCUAGAUAUUUGCUCAAUGCAUUUUAACCAGAGAGCUGCCAUUGAAGCUGUGAUGUCACAAGAUGGCCGCCAGAUCUGUGAUGUAUUACUAGAUCAAGAUAUUUUGCCAGGAGUUGGAAAUAUAAUCAAGAAUGAGGCACUAUUUGACAGACUGAGUGGUAUUAACCCUGUGAGUAUUGUGAAGGAACUUACCCAGAAGCAUGUUUCACACUUAGUGCAGAUGACCAGAGACUUCUCUAUGCUCUUUUAUCAGUGUAGGAAGACAGGCAAGCCUCUACAGGCUCACAUGAAGGUGUAUCGUAAAGGUACCUGUCAACAAUGUAAGGGUAAAGUCAUAACAACAAAGACAGGAGAAAACCCUAGAAUGACCUGCUAUUGUCCCCACUGUCAGGAUAGUCAACUCAAGGAAGAAAGGAAGCUUCCAAGUAAGAAUAGUUUGAUUGGUUGGGUUACCACAGCAGCCACUUCAGGAAAAUCACAACUUAACAACCAAUCAUGGACUUGUCAGAUCUGCACUCUCAUUAAUGAACCACAGAGAACUACUUGCAAUGCCUGUUUAACACCAAAAGUAGUCCCAGCAGCCAAGUCACAACCACCUGACAUAGACCUGCCAACAAUGAAUACUCAUAUAGGUGGAGCCACUAAAAAAGCAGAGCCAGCUUCUGGACUGAAAAGGAAGAUAAAUUCGGAAAAUACUAAUACUGAAACAAAACGAUUAAAAUCAGAAACAAUCUCAAAACAUUCCGUAACUAUGUCAGAUGGGAGUAACAUGAGACCUACCAGAAGUGUAAAUGAACCUAAUUGCAGUAACAAUAGACCUUCAAGAAGUGCUAAUCUACCUCAUGGAAGUAAUAGUCAGCCUAUUGGGAGUAACAUUAGACCUACCAGAAGUGUAAAUGUACAUAAUGGCAGUAACGAUAGACCUUCAAGAAGUGCUAAUCUACCUCAUGGAAGUAACAGUCAGCCUAUUGGGAGUACCAAUAGACCUACUGGGUUUGCCAAGUUUCAGUUACCCCUGUGUAAAGGCCACAAAAAACCUUGUUACAUGCGGGAAGUAAGAAAAGAGGGUGAUACAAAGAAACGGGUCUUCUUCUCAUGCUCUAUGGGGAGAAAUAAAAGUUGCAAUUAUUUCCAGUGGGCUGAUGAGAAAUUCCCAUUAUGUGAAGGUCACAACAAACGCUGUGUUAUAAGAACAGUCUUGAAGGAAGGCACAAACAAUGGACGCAAAUUCUUCGCAUGUCAGGAAAAUAAGAAAAAGUCUUGUAGUUACUUCAAGUGGGCUGAUGAGUAUAAUGAUAUAACAAUCAGCUGAUGUCUUUAAGGGUUGAUUAAAGAAGGAAUGUAUUUAAGAACUGCUCACAUUCCUUCUGAAUGAUCACUGAACAUGAAGAACUGAUCGGUGGCUCCCAUCUAUUGGAACUAUGCUAUGUGAUUUGACAAUACAGCAUGGAUCAGUAACGUCUCCUACACUUUUUUCUGGAAGUAUCAAGAGAGAUGAAGUGAGUCUGAGUUGUAUCUAGGCAUCAGAGUACAACGUAAGAGACAUCUAUAUAUAGGAGUUGAGACUGUAAAAUUCCAAGGCUGUCUGGACUCUCGAUUCUUGGAAGGUUCUUAACACUAAAUGUCAUUAUUGAAGUGGUUAUACUGUGGAGUUAAAAAAAUGGUUCUGAUCAAAAUGUUAAACAAGGCAUAAAUACGCAAAAUGUCACUACCUGCCAUUUGUUACAGAAAUCAAAUGCCGAAAAAUAUAACAUUCCCUCAAUGGCUGGAUUGCUGAUCAAGGAGUUGGUUCGAUUCGUGGAUUUACUGACACAGGAAAUGUGGAAAGAUUUACAGACACGGGAAAUGUGGGACUGACUGGGAUCUGGAAAACAAUUAUUUACAUUGAAACUCUUAAUACCCAUCUAGUGCAUCACUACAUUCACCUUUCUUUUAAGCAUUAUUCUGUAUCCCUUCAAAGCUGUUUGGUGGGAUGAAAAUGAAGUUUCACAAAAUAUAAGACUUCC